UUAAGUUGUGAUUCAAUGGCCCAGCAAAACAUGAAAAUGCGACCAGUGCUACUGAAGAGGAACAGUCUGGACUCAGCAGAUUUUAUGAGACACCCCCAGCACCGCAGGACCAAAUCCCAGCAAGUCCGGUUCAAGGAUGAUGGUGUCAGCACCAAGGCAGAGCUGGAGGCCAAUGCUGCCCGAGACACAGCACUCACUACUGGAAAAACUGAAAUAUUUAGGGAUCACAAUUUUUUGCUAACUCAGUCUCCAACUUUUCCAAGGGCUCAGAAGGGGCUUCGGAAUAUUGCCAUACAAACUUCUCCCAGCCUCAGGAAACACUUCCCUGUUUUUAAAAGGAAAAAGCUGACAGUAAGCAAAUCACUGACAGAAAUGCCAGCAGAGCCUGCAAACUCUAUCCAGGUAAAUGGCACCCUUUGUGAACCAGACAUUCUGUCCUCAGAGCUCUGCUACUUGAGGAUAAGUCAUGACUUGGAGGAUGGAUGCAGGAAUAGUGAGGUGGGCUUGGGUCAGAGGUCAUCAAAAGCACAAACCAAUGGACCGAGGUACUCGGGUGAUUUCUCAGUGUCAGACAAGACAACUGCGUCUACACAGGUGCCUGAAUACAUUCAUGUGAGUUUCCCACAGGACAGAAACGUUCCCCUGGACGCACCAGACACAACCACAGCUUCAAGUAAUUCACUGCAUUCUUCUACUGUCAUCAACAGCAACGAAAGUCAUGAAAACAGCACACUGUCAUCUGAUUCUGACAGAGCAGAGCCUUGCCUGAGCAAUUCUGUGAGCUGCAGUGAAUGUAACCCCCACUCUGCUGCUCCUGAAGUGGAGAAAAGCGAUUCUGAGCCGCCUGCAGCCAGCAAAGAUGCCAGCAGUAAGGAAACCACUCCAGUGUCACCCCCAUCAAAUCACAGCUCAUCUCCCUGUUUCCUCAGAGACUGUCACCAGGCAGGAGAGCACAAGCCAGGUUCCAGCUGUGUGAUGUUACCACGUGAUGAUUGCCCACCAGUGUCACUGCCCAGCAGCAAUGCAUCCAAACCAUGUCUGUCAUGUAAUACUGAGAUCCAGAAAAAUUCCACCCAGUCAGAUGUUUCCCAGUGUAACAGCUGUUUAGAAGGAUUUCACAUAAAGUCUUAUCCGCCAAGGAAUGAAGUAAACCCGCAAAGCAACAAAGAGAUUAAUGAAAUUAAUCAAAUUCACUUGGCACAUGGAGAACUCUGUGCCCUACAAGGCAGGCUGCAGUCUGUAGAGGAAUCCUUGCAGUCCAACCAGGAGAAGAUUAAAGUCCUUUUGAAUGUAAUCCAAGACCUGGAAAAAUCCAGAGCCCUCAGUGAAGGGCGUAACUUCUACCACACUGGGCAGGACCUCAACAACUGCAGCACCUGUCAGAACACGGCGUGCAUCAUCUACAGUGUAGAAUAUGACUUCAGACAACAAGAAGGAAGAUUUCAUCAGAUUUUGGAAACACUGGACAAUGCAGAACAAAAUCCAGCUUCAGCUUCACCUCAGAAGCCACCACCUGAUCCUCCAGCUCCCGAGAAAAAGGAGUUAAGGAGAAAGACAAAAAAGGUGAAAAGAAAAUGCUUCUGGUGGAUUUGACAUCCUCAUGCAUCUUUUUACAUUUCAGGAGACGCUAAAACAGAAAGAGCUUGAGAGCACACACCUGAAAAUGUGCUAUUAUGAAAUCACAAAGGUUAAGAAUGUUUAAUUAGAGUAUCUGAAAAAUCAAAAUAAUUGAAUUUUAUUAAAUUAGCUCACUGAACAAAGGUGCAUGAAGAUACUAUUUUCAAGAAAAGAAAUGGUUUCUUUCAAAAGGAAGUUCUCGUUUUUUUCCAAGGACACUUUCAUAUGCUUUGUAAAGACCUUUUUUCAACUUUCCAAAAAUGACAAGAUUCAAAUCUCUACUUUAAAAAGCAAUGGUAGACAAAACUAAGCAUGUCACUCAGCCUUUAUUUCCCAUUUAUAAGCAAGUUCGACUAAAAGGAAAAACUUCAUCAAGCUUUGAACAAACCACAUUAUCAAGAACAAAUUCAGGGAAACCUAAAUUGUUCAAACAAAUCUCUCCUCAAAGGAGACAAUUAUAAUUAUUUCACUUCCCCACUGAAAUUUUUGUUGCUGUCAUCUAAUAUUGAACAACAAACAAACAAAAAAAAUCAGGUUAAGUUUUAACUCUAUUGUUUUCUUUGUUUGUUACAAAAAGCCACCAUUUAGUAGUCAUUUAAUGGAUUUCCCUGAAAAGAACUGGGGAGCUGUAAAACCAGAGAAUGUCAAAGUAACUCUUGUCUUAAACCCCUGCUCAAGCAAGGUCCAGUUCAGUGAAUUUGAGUUGUGAGUAUCUCCAAAGACAAGAAUCCUCAGCUCCUUUGGAAGGCUGUUCCAGGUUUUCCUAACACCUAAUCUGAAUUUCCUGCAUCCUGAUUGUGCCCAUUACAUCUUGCUCUAAGUACACCUGCAAGAAGAGCUACAUGGAUAAUGAGACCUCUCUCCUAAGUCUUCACUUCUAAAAGACUGAAUAAAUCCAAUUUUCAUUGCCUCUCAUCUCCCAUGCUGCAGCCACAGCCAUCCUGGUGGUGUGAGUUGAUGUCUUUCAUACACCUGGAAGCCUAAAAUGGGACACAGUCCCUCAGAGGUCGUCACACAAUUGCUGGAUAAAGAGGAAUCACUAUUUUGGCUACUGUCUUACUGAAUCAUUUGCCCAGUCUAUCCAUUUAAGAUCUGUUUUGCUGUACCAAAAUAACCCGAGAUUUUUUUUUUUUGCCUUAAGAUGUAAAUUAAUAUAUGAUAAAAAAUUGAACAUAAAAAUAAUAUUUAGUGAACUGAUCUGUAUUGCACAACAAAUAUAUAUAUAUAUAUGCUGAAAAGAUUUUAUCAAAGAUCAAUGCAGCUACUUCUUUCCUCCAAAAAUACCCAAGGUACCAUAGCACAGGGUGUGCCAAUGGAACCCAAUUUAUGAUUGGUGAUCCCAUUAUUUUACUCAUGAAAACAUGGUCACCUUUCAUAUGGGGGGCAGGGGAGAAAAGGUUUUCCAAAGCAAGUUGAGUGGAAUGUACUGCAGAUCUUUUCUUAGAAGUGGCCCUGGUUCAGGGUAUUCCAUAGAUUAACCCCUGCAUCUUAUUUUUCUAAGUAAUCCUGUAUUAAUUGUGCAAUGUUAGUUUUAAAUGUCUGUACACUUUUUGUACACUUCUGUGUUCCUUGAAUUCUUAGGGUUAAUUACACAUUUGAAAAUACAUUAAAAGCAAUUUUGAACAGAAGAA